AACAUUCGUUUCGUUUCGCGCAGUGUCGCUCGAUACGCCAUGUAGACUGGCGAGUAAAGCAGUUUACGGAUUUAGGUUAUAAAAUAUUUAAUGUUAUGGCGGCCGGUUUCGUUGGUUCCACGAAAAAUUUUCCUUUUUCAUUCGAUGUUGACAUUGAAGAAGAAGAACCUGGACGUAGUACUCCACAUCUCAGCAAGCGCAUAGGCAGCGAGAGUCCGACGAGCGCGGUGGGGGCGGAGGCCCCGCGGGAGCUUCCCAAUGAGCUGUCGGCGCCCUACGAGGUCCCGCAGUUCCCUAUUGAACAAAUCGAGAAAAAACUACUUAUACAACGACAGCUUAAUGUAAAGGCAGCGGAAUGCGGUCAGUCGGUGCGCUCGUUUGCGGGCAGCGAGGCAGGCGCGCUGGAGGAGGCCGCGCGGCUGCGUUUGGCCGACGAGGACGAACUCGACGUUGUAUUACCACACUUCCAGCGUGUCGCCAUCAGCGGGGAGGAUACAUCAGGGUUACGUCGAGCGCGUCUUUCGCAGGUACCGCUGGAGGAUCUUCAGCAAGCCUCCUCGUAUCUGGUACAGGCGUUGGAGAUCCGCAAACGGUACAUGGAGAUGUCGCAGCAGAGUUACGCCACCAUCACCGCGCGUUUCGUGCGCAGUAUGGACGCUGACGCUCCCGCUAACCAUACACCCAGUACUAAAGUACCGAGGAGUCAUAUUGCUGACCACAUAGUGCACCCGCCGUUCAGGGACAAGGAUCCGUGGGAGUGCCCGAUGCCGGCGGCCAAGGGGUACAGCAUCAGGUCGGAUGACGGCGUGUUCAACCUGUACCGAGCGCGCCAGGGGGAGGUACAGGGGGAAGGGGACGGGUCAGGGGAGGAGCGAGUGCCCUACGAGUAUGUGACACUCAGCCAGUACAUACAGGAUAUGAACACUAUGUGUAAUAUGAUUGCUGAUGGACCACUCAAGUCGUUCUGCUACCGUCGUCUGAGUUACUUAUCGUCAAAGUUCCAGCUGCACGUGUUGCUCAAUGAGUUACGCGAACUUGCCUCGCAGAAAGCUGUGCCGCACAGAGACUUCUACAAUAUCAGAAAAGUGGACACGCACAUCCACGCCGCGUCCUGCAUGAACCAGAAACAUCUGUUGCGUUUCAUUAAGAAGACGCUCAAGAAUCAUGCUGAUGAGGUGGUAACACUCCACAAGGGUACACCGAUGACACUGAAGGCGGUGUUCCAAAGCAUGAACCUCAGCACAUACGACCUCACUGUCGACAUGCUUGAUGUUCACGCGGAUCGCAACACGUUCCACCGCUUCGACAAGUUCAAUGCUAAAUACAACCCGAUCGGUGAGAGCAGACUGCGCGAGGUCUUCCUCAAGACUGACAACUAUAUGAACGGGAAAUACUUCGCAAGGAUCAUCAAAGAAGUGGCAUCAGACUUGGAGGAGAGCAAGUACCAGAACGCGGAGCUGCGGCUGAGCAUCUACGGCAAGAGCGCGGGCGAGUGGGCGAAGCUGGCGCGCUGGGCCAUACAGUACCACGUUCACUCUAACAACGUGCGCUGGCUCAUACAGAUACCGCGACUCUAUGACAUCUUCAAAUCGAACAAGAUAAUGAACAACUUCCAGGAGUUCCUCAGCAACAUCUUCCAGCCGCUGUUCGAGGUCACCAACGACCCCAACAGUAAUAUUGAACUGCACAAGUUCCUUACCCAUGUGGUGGGCUUCGACAGCGUAGACGAUGAAUCCAAGCCGGAGAACCCGAUGUUAGACGCUGAGGUGAAGGUGCCCGGCCAAUGGGAUGACGAGGAGAAUCCGCCAUACGCGUACUAUCUCUACUACAUGUACGCCAACAUCACCGUGCUCAACCACUUCCGCAAGGAGCAAGGUCUUAACACGUUUGUGCUGCGUCCCCACUGCGGUGAAGCAGGACCUGUGCAACAUCUCGUCUGCGGAUUCAUGCUCGCUGAGAACAUCUCUCAUGGAUUACUGCUUAGAAAGGUGCCCGUGCUGCAGUACCUGUACUAUUUAGCACAGAUCUCCAUCGCGAUGUCUCCUCUCAGUAACAACUCGUUGUUCCUCAACUACCACCGCAAUCCGCUGCCGGAGUUCCUCGCGCGAGGACUCUGCAUCACUCUCAGCACUGAUGAUCCGCUGCAGUUCCACUUCACCAAGGAACCGCUGAUGGAAGAGUACAGCAUCGCGGCGCAGGUUUGGAAACUCAGCUCCUGCGACAUGUGCGAACUGGCGCGUAACUCCGUGCUCAUGUCAGGGUUCCCGCACGAGAUGAAGCAGUAUUGGUUGGGACCUAACUACAUGAAGGAGGGAGUGGCCGGCAACGAUAUCACGCGCACCAACGUACCCGAUAUCCGUAUCUCCUUCCGAUAUGAGACAUUGCUCGACGAACUCACCAACAUAUUCAAGGAAGGAAUGUCCGCUCGUCGAUAGAUCGUCGAGAACAAAUCACCGGCGCGAUCACUUUAUUAUUUACACGUAUCAUAGACAAAUCCAUAUAAAAUGGCCACGUUUCAACAUUGUACACUACGAAAAAAUAAUACUUCAGUUAUUCCUUGAAACAUAAAUUAAUUUUUUAACACACAAAAUACAUUUCAUUGUAAAAAACUUAAAAUGAAUUUCCCGCCAAAAUGACAAUGACAGUGACACUUCAUUUACUUUUUUUUCUGUUAAUAAACACAUCCGAUUGUUUUUCUGCCAACUUGUUGGAAUUUUAAAGAACAAUUGUAUACAAAAACACCUACAUAUUAUAAUCAUUAAAAAAUAUUAGUUUUAUUCUUUUAACUUGUAAAACUGAUAGGCAUUUUAGAAGAAUAUAACCUAACUUAAUUUGGAUCGUGGUCAAGCAUUUGCUUAUUCUAUAAAAAAAAACAUUGCCGAGUUAUAUGGAGUUUGUCUUUUAGGUUAAGUAACCCUGUUUAAAACUAUAGGGCUUUUAUAUGGUGCCCCAAUAUGCUUACGUUAGGAGAUUAAUACUUAUAAUGUGAUAAUUAGAGCGCGAUAGGACACUAAGCUUGCAAAGUGCCAUUUCAUUUGUUUUGUGUUGACUUCCAUUGGCAAAAACCUGUAUAAAUAUAUUGUUAUCUCUUACUUUCCUUUACUUCCCAGUACAGAAUGAGAGA